AUGGAAACAUACAAAGCCAGGCUUGUAGCCAAAGGGUCUAGCCAACAGGAGGGACUAGACUAUACUAAGACAUUCUCUCCUGUGGCCAAAAUGGUUACAGUAAGGUCUGUGGUAGCUCUGGCAGCAGCUUCUCACUGGUACAUUUUUCAGAUGGAUGUGCAUAAUGCAUUUCUCCAAGGGGACCUCUCUGAAGAGUUUUUUAUGCAAAUUUCAUAUGGCUUUUCAAGUGGAAAGCCAAUGACUACUCCGCUAGAGUUCAAUCACAAGCUAACCUCUAUGGAAUUUGAUAAGAUUGUCACCAAGAAUGGUAGUGACAAUGACAGUGAACUUGAAGACAAAGGGAGAUAUCAGAGAAUAGUAGGUAGACUAUUGUACUUGACCAAGACUAGGCCUGACAUAGCCUUUGUGGUUCAAGUCUCUGACCUCGCAAUUGCGAGGUCAGUGUUCGCAAUUGCGAAAACCCAAUUUCCUGCUUGGGUCGCAAUUGCGAAGAGGGUUGGGUCAGCCAGGGUUCCAAUACAACUUUUCUGUGAUAGCAAAGCUGCUAUUAAAAUUGCAGCUCAUCCCAUCUUUCAUGAGAGGACAAAACACAUUGACAUAGACUAUCAUUUUGUGAGGGAGAAAAUUCAGGAAGGUCUGGUCCAAACACAACAUAUUGGAACCAAAGAACAACUUGCAGAUGCGCUGACAAAGAGCCUGUAUAGUCCACGACAUGAAUACUUAGUGAGCAAGCUGGUGAAGAACCUGUUUUCAUUCCUCAACUUGAGGGGGAGUGUAGAGAACUCUAGGUGUGUGGGUGUACAACUGUCAAUGAGCUAUAAUUAA